AUGGACUUUGGACUGCAGGUGCAGAGUGUACACUUAAGUCAGACGAGCCCAGGGACCAUACGCAGUAACGACGCAGACCAGCUGUUCACUACAGUGAUGGCGCCGCAAGCCCAACGAGUCACAAUAAACAUAUCGACGGAGCACCCUACGCCUGCUGCUCGAGACAAAGAAUGUGCCUUAGUCCAUAUCAAACGAAAAGUCCCGAAAGGCAUUCAGGUGGGGAUGGACACGCACCUACGCAACGGAAAAGAGGUACAACCUCCACCAGAACCGAACGGAGGAAUGCCGAAUGUAGUGGUAUCAAGUAAAGAAACCGCGGGGCACCCUAUUGAAUCGAAACGAACGGAACCCGGUAGCGACAUCGCAAGGGUAGGCCGACCGAUGCCGAGAAACCAGGACCGCGACGUUGGAGGACGCAAGGAACCCGAAAUGAAUCGAGUGUGGAUGAAACCGGAAAUGGCCGAGUUCUUUCGGCGACUCGCCUUUCAGGUGGCACGGGGGAUAGUGGAAGAAGCCCAGAGGCCCAUCGAAUACGAGGACGGCAAGAACAUGAGGGAUUUCCUCGACCUUGUGGAGUUAGAUUUCACUGAACGAGGGCUGGAACAGCGGCAGUGGGGAGAACAACUCAAAAGAUAUCUGACGGGAGACGCCUUGGGUUACUGGUUGUAUCUGCGUCGCUCGGGAGUACCCCUGACUGAUUGGGAGGAACUGAGACAGCGCUUCUGUGCGCAAUUCUGUAUAAGUCUGGAACGGAUGAAAGUCAUGAUAGCGAAGAAUGUAUGGAGGGGCGACCACCGCGCAUACUCUGCGCGCUUUGCGGACAUCGUGGCUCAAGGGGUGUCAGUGGCUCCAGAUCUGUUGGUGGGUUACUACUUGGCCAACUUGCCAGAUGAAAUCCUCCGAGAGAUAACUCAAGGGGGAACAAGGAAGUUCGCGGACUGGCAGGAAGCCGCCGCAGCACUGGCUACCACGGUGGCCCCGUGGAAGGAUUUGUGCGAAGACCGCCUCCGGUUCCAGCGGGACUUAGAGGACGCCAAGCGUAGAUGGACUAAAGGCGGGCGAGAGCCGGGCCCACUACGCGCACGAGAGAGCAGGGAAAACAGAUGGAAUGAUGCUGCGGACUUGCGUUGUUAUGCAUGCAGCGGAAGAGGACAUGUGGGCAGGGACUGUCCGCUCCGCAGCGGAGCGACGCGACGGCCUGGGGAAACCUGCUCCAGGUGUGGCGGCUGGGACCACUACGCCAGAGACUGUCCCACGCCGGCUCGACUCAGAGCAGAGCCCGCCAGGCAGCGCAGGCCGCAGCCAACGCGGCCCAACGUGGACCCAGUGGGGCCUUCACACGGACGAGUCGAGCCGUUAAGGGAGAUGACCGUGCUGGGCGGACUAGUCGAAGUGGCCGACAGCCAGUGCGAAGCUCUUCUAGAUACCGGCGCCUCAAGGAGCUUCAUUGGCCCAGGGGCAGUGGAACGCCUACAGCUGAAAGCGCGGAAGCUGCCUGAAGAAUGCGUCUUAGCUAACGGUGCGCACUUGAGGAUAGAUCGCGUGGUGAAGGGACUCACUAUGCGGUUUGGGGCUACCCGUUUAGCCGGCGACUUCUUAGUCGGGCCUGUGCCAUAUGACCUAGUGCGGACCCUCGCGGAGCAGGCGUACGACAUACUGGCUAAGCAGGUAGCAGACAUGACUAGGGAGGAGGCUACGGCUCUUCUUCGCCCGCCCUCCAAGAGGUACAAGCCACCCUCAAAGGGCAAACGGAAGGCAGUGGUCGCUGCUCCGAUACAGCAGGCUCCGGAGAGCGCAGCCUGCAUACGCCACCAGCUGCUUAUCCCCUCGCGCCGGUGGAGCCAUGUUAACCUAGAUUUCGUCACCGACUUACGCCUCACUACCACUGGGCACGACGCCAUCCUGGUCGUCGUUGAUUCUCUCAGCAAGAUGGCUCACUUUAUUCCGGCCAAGAAGUCCCACUCAGCCGCUGACACUGUAGAGCUCCUUGCCGCCCGUCUCAUCCGCUACCACGGCUUCCCCGACGUCCUUAUUUCCGACAGGGAUCCUCGUUUCCAAUCGGAAGCGGAUGAGAGGGAGUGGGAAGGCCUGCUGCCUGCCUUGGAGCUCGCGUAUAACACCGCCAGUCAUUCCUCUACCGAGCUUUCCCCUUUCGAAAUCAUGAGUGGGGAGAAUCCCUUAACCGCGGCAGACCUAGACAUUGUUGCUGCUUUGGCUCCUCCGCUCACCCCCCCCUAUGACGAAACUUUUCCGGCAGCUCUGCGAUCGUGCACAGAGCCACAUCCUCCAGGCAAAGUGGCGUCAGAAAUACUACGCUGA